AGAGGCUCCCUGCUAACGCACAUCCCACGAUGGCAUCCGCCAUGCAGCGCGCGCGCGAUCCAAGCACCCUCCUAUCGCCCAUCAGUGCCGAAGACGACGCGUCCAGUAUCCACUCCGAGCGCAGCGACCAAGACACAGACUCUGAAGACGAUGAGGUGCUGCUGGGGGCGCGGACGUCGGCCGAGAUCCGGGCGCACGACCGGCGCGUGCUGCUGGAGGAGGAGGAGCGAGAUCGCCUGCUCGAGGAGAGUAGGAUGCGGGGCCGUCGGGGCAGCGCGCUGGCGCUGGCGCCGCUGAAGAAGCUGUUUGCGAGGAGCCAUACGGAGUUGUCGAGUCCGGUGUUUGGGGAGGGAGGAGAGGAUGGGGAGAAUGCGAGGGAAAAGGGAACAGGGAGGAGGAGGAGGCGGCGCGAGAGGAGAACGAGGAAGAAGGAGAGGCUGCUGGGUGAGGCGGACCGCGGCGAGGACGGCGAGCUCAUGUAUGAGAUGGAGGAGGGCGGGAUGAAGGACGGGAGUGCCACGGGGGACAGUAGUGAGACUGAAGGCAGUGAUGAACUUGAUCGACGAGGUCUACGAGGCCUGCAUGAUGAGAAACUGAGAAGAAGGAGGAAUUGGAGGAAAUGGCUCUUCAUACACCUACUGAUCGUGCUGGGCUUCUCGAUCUUGGUGUUGGUUGCUCUCAAGUUAUCGCUGAAACGCAAGAUGACCAAGACCAACCAGACGAUUAUGAGCAAUGGCACGGCGUUAUUUGCGCCGACGACGAUACUGAUCAGCUUGGAUGGGUUCCGAGCGGAUUUUUUGAAGCGGGGGAUCACGCCAAGACUGAAUGCUUUCAUCGAGGAAGGUGUUUCCCCAGAAUAUAUGAAUCCGAGUUUUCCUUCUGUCACUUUUCCGAAUCAUUAUACCCUGGUCACUGGAUUAUACCCCGAAUCACAUGGCGUUGUUGGGAAUACCUUUUGGGAUCCGGAACUGAAGGAGGAGUUCUACUAUACCAACCCUCUGGCUAUGCAGCCGAAAUGGUGGGGUGGUGAGCCGCUCUGGGUUACUGCCGAGAGCCAGGGGAUCAGGACGGCCGUUCAUAUGUGGCCAGGGAGUGAAGCACAUAUCAUGGAAGUGGAGCCUGCGUUCUUGGACAAGUUCAAUGGAAAGGAGCCACUGCCGAACAAAGUCGCGAGGAUCCUUGAGCUGCUCGACAAACCAGGCCAGGAGAACGAGCUGGUGGAGGCUGCUGACAUGAGACCUCAGCUCAUAGCGGCCUACGUGCCCAACGUCGACGCAGACGGCCAUGCCUAUGGGCCAAACAGCACAGAGAUCAGGACAACCAUCAGCGCCGUUGACGACAUGCUUGGCCAACUCUUCCAAGGCUUAGAAGCCCGGAAUCUAACAAGCAUCGUCAACAUCGUCAUUGUCUCUGACCACGGCAUGGCAACCACAGACACCACCCGACUGAUCCAACUCGAAGACAUCGUCGACCGAAGCCUAAUCGAGCACAUCGACGGGUGGCCCCUCUACGGACUCCGACCCAAAGACCCCGAGCAUCUCCAAGACCUGUACGACACGCUUUCCGCCGCCGCCUCCCAAAACCCUAACUUCGACGUCUAUCUUCGCGACCAGGACAUGCCCGAGCGCUAUCACUUCUCCAAGAACGAGCGCAUCGCUCCGCUAUGGAUCGUGCCUAAAACAGGCUGGGCCAUCGUGACGAAAGAAGAAUUCGACGUCGCGGACGCGAAAGCCAAGGGGCUCCAAUACCAUCCAAGGGGAUUGCACGGGUACGACCACCAGCAUCCGCUCAUGCGUGCCAUUUUCAUAGCUCGGGGCCCGGCCUUCCCGCACGAGGGGAAUAGUCGUCUUGAGCCUUUCCAAAACAUCGAGGUCUACAACAUCAUCUGUGAUUCCCUCUCCCUCACCCCAAAACCCAAUAACGGCACCCUCCGCCUCCCUCUCCAACCCAUCGGUUUACACUCCCCCUCCUCCUCAUCCCCCGCACCUCUCGAUCCUCCCUCCUCCACCCAGGGCACACCUUUCAUCCCACCCCUCUCCAUUCCCAUCUCCCCUUCCACCUCCCCUUCAACCUCCCCUCCACCCUCCGCCCCACCAAAAACCAUCCAAGUCAACCCUCCCGACACCAUCCCCACCCCUAUCAGCACAGACGAUUCCCCUCGCCCCGUCGCCACAGACAAGCCCGAUUUCUGGUCCUGGGCCACCUCGAAAUGGGACCGUUUCAAGGGCUGGAUCGACGAUCUUACUAAAGGCAAAGAACACAAGACACAGGAUGGGAAUGGGGAGAUUGGGGAGGUAGAUGCUUGAUAAUCGAUGCACCCGCUUGCUCUUGGUUAUUGUUUGUAUAUUGGAAGGAAACCUGUGGGUGGUGGUAGGAUGGAGUUCUUGGCUAUAUAUCUCCCUCUCUCUCUCCCUCUUUUCGCGCGCGUUUUACUUUUGUAUAGUAUAAUAUAGUAUAUUUGAUAUCAUACCCGUGGAUCGUGUAAUU